AUGAAAGUGCCGAAGAGCGCGACCGCUGUCUCGCAGCCAGCGGGUUUCGAUGAGCUGCUGGCACAACAUUCAAGCUGCGUCGACCCAACAGGAUCCUGGUAUGUGACUGGAUUCAGCAUGCGUGGAAAUCACUUCCUGCUACUACAAUUUCUAAUGGGUUCAAGCGAAGACCUCACUAUAAGUACUGAGGUAAUUGAAACGAAGUGA